UUGCAAGAUGUUAUAUGAUUUCAUAAAUAUUAACUAGAUAUGGCUUGCAGUUUAAAACAAACUUGUGUUAUUGAGGAUGUUACAUCUGUCAGAAAAUAUUUAUUUCCGGUCAGAGAUGCAGGAAAUGAACAGCAGAUGGAAGAUAAUGAUGCUGAUGGAUGGAAUGAAGAUGAUUGGGCGAAUAAUUGGGAAAAUGACAAUGAAGAAAAUAACAAGCAAAAGGAUGAGAAUGAUUCUUCAGAUGAUCAAGAAAAUAACUGGUUCCAUAAAUGCCAGAUUGCAUUCUCACCUACCUAUGAUUUGUUGGUAAUAGGUUAUGCUGGAAAGAUCAUUCUACUUGCAGCCAAAUCUGAGGGUCAUAGUGCAAGAAGCCAUGGAACUAGAAAAUACAAAAUUGCAACACAAAUGGAAAUAUCAGAAGAAUCGGGGGAACACAUCACAAGUAUCCUUUGUAUUCCUCUUGUAUCUUUGAAGAAGACUUCACAUGGCAGCGUGGACUGGAGUUGCAUAGUCGUCGGUUUUUCGUCAGGGUAUAUAAGAAUGUAUACAGAGGUAUGAAUUUAACACAAAUGUGCUUUAUUGAUCUCUCAAUUGCUUCACGAAUCUCCUGUUAUGGAAAUUAAAUGUAGAACACUUGAUCAUCAUUCUCACAAAACUGGAAUUUCUACACCAGACCAACCUGAUGAAGUUACAAUAUUAUAUGGCGAUGCUCUCGUAUUACUCGAAGGAUUCAGUUUGUUUCAAACAUUGAGAGCUUGUAGGAGUCAAGUGGCAUUAGCUGCUGCUAGUGGAGGUAUGACUAUUGAACCACCACCAAUGUCUUACAAAAAAUGGAGACUAACAAGUCAUCAGAGUCCAAUCUCAUCUCAUAUCAGUCCUGGUGUUCUCAUGCCUGAUCCUUUCAAUCAAAUGAAAACAGCAUCAAUAUUAGGUGGAUAUUCUGCUGAUAUUCGAAACACCGCACCUGCUAUGUCUUGCUUCAUAGCAACAGGGACUUCUCCAUUCACAGGAUUCUAUUAUGCUGUAGAAGGUAGCACACAACCCCAUCUUUCUCAUGUAGCUCUUGCAGUUGCAAGCAAAUUAAAAUCAGCCUUGUAUAGUUCAGCAAGUAGAUGGCUGGCAUGGGGAACUGGAGCUCAAUCUGAACCAACACAAAAACAGAAACCUAAGGUAGAGCUUGGCACACCAUUAGACAUUAGGUGUGGAAUGCCAGAUCCACUGAGGCACGGUGAUAACAUUAUCCUUGCUCCUGGUGCUCAUCUCUCUUCAUCUGCUCUAGCUGCUACUACUGAUAGCCUGGGAAGAGUUAUUCUGAUGGAUGUUUCAAGGGCUAUAGCUUUGAGAAUGUGGAAAGGUUAUAGGGAUGCACAAAUCGGUUUUAUGAGGGUUUUUGACGAUGCACACAGAUCACAUAGACAUCAUCAUCACCACUCGCAUGUUGAUAAUGAGCAUCGUUCAAAUAUUCGAAGGCACGCUCUAUUUCUUCUGAUCUAUGCACCACGUAGAGGUCUGUUAGAAGUAUGGACUUGCAUAAAUGGACCGAGGGUCGGCGCAUUCAACGUCAGUAAAAAUGCAAAAUUGUUAUGUCCAGGACAUGGUAUGAUGGGAUUAAAUACAAGUACGAUAUCCAGUACAGUGUCUCAUACAUUCCAAUGUUGUCUUCUGGAAGCUAACGGACAAGUUCGAGAAAUCAAGAUUCCAUUUCAUCUUGCUCUCAGUGAUGCAAACAGUAAGAAAGCCAGAGAUAUGCAUUUGCUGAAGAAGCUCAAUUUGAUUUUGCAUUCAAAGAAGAGAACUGGGGAAGAAGCAGUUAAAAUUUUGCUGGAAAUUCGUAUCAGUGGAAUGCUGCGACAAGCACUCGAGAAAUUACUUCAUACAAGAAAAAUUGGAGCGGAUACUUUCAGAAGUUGUAUCACUGCUAUCCAACAAAGAUUAAAAGAAGGCGGAGCAUUAAAAAAAGCCGACAGUGAUUUGUUGAAAUACUGUCAAGAACAAAUCAAUCUCAUUGAUCUUUAUGAAGCUUUGCAAAAGUUGAAUGAAUCUGGAAUGUCUAGUGCUGCAACUGAAAAAACUGUGUUAGAAGAUGUCACCAAUGUGGACACAAUGUCUGAACUUCUUCAUAUGACGAGAACUGAAUCAACAGAAGCUUUGCAUUCAAUUGCUUGCUUUCAUAAAUCCCAACACAUGCCGCGGGUGAAGUUUGAAGGACAAGAAAAACCAUCUCUCGAUGUGGCAGAAUUUUUAGAUUGUUUUUCUUUUCAAGAUAAUCUGUCAAGAAAAGCAGAUGAUGUUUCUGAACCUCAUGUUGAAUUACGUACAACAGAACGAACAAAAAGUGCAAAACUGGCUGCAUUCCUAUUUCAUUCAAGUUUGUUUGGAUCUACAUCCCCUGAUGAUAUUUUAUUCACCUUGAAUGGAUCGAUUGAUUUAAAACCUCGAAUCAUACUCGAACUUUUAUUCCAACAUUGGUUGAUACAAGAUACAUCAAUUAUCAAUGGUAAAUGCAAGUAUAUAUUUUAUGAUUGUUCUGGUAUAAAAUGGCAGAAUCAUGCAGAAAGAAAAGUUUUCAAUGUUUCAACACCAAACUCUGAAUCAAUAGAUUCUUCAUUGAGCUCAGAUAUACAAUCAUCUGAAGAUUCUAUCAAUUUGUGGGAAUGGAUAAGAGAAGACAUUUGUGCAUCAUCACACAGUACAAUUGCAGCUUAUUUUCUGGCAAUUGUUGCCCGGGGUGUGGCUAUUGCUGCUAAUACUCAGGGAGAUAAAGAAGAAAAAGAAGAUUCUGAUGAUGGGGAUGGUUGGGAGAAGAUGCAGAAGCAGGAGGUGGAUGAGAAUUCUAUUGCUGAUCCUCCAUCUUAUCAAGAAUCUUGUACUGAACAACAUUCAAAGCCUAGAAGUGGUGACUGGGAGACAUUAUGGAUUGAUGUUGAGAAAUGGAAUUUGUUCAUUCAUCAAUUAGAAGAUUCUGUUCUCAUCAACACCAGUAUUAAACUAGGAAAAACAAAAAGAAGAGUGUCAGCUUCUAAAGAAGAUUCCAAAGACAAUACAACGGAGGAGAAAACUAUUGAACAAAGUGAUGACUAUGUAAACGAAGGAGUAUCAGUGAAGGAUUUGUUGUCAAAUGGACCAGGUUAUAUGGCUGAACUUGUCUCUCAUUCUAUAUGUGAACUUGACAUUCCACCUCGUUUAUUGCAAAAAAACGUUGAACUAGACAAUAUAACAGUCAGUUUGACGGAUCCACAGAGAGCAUUCUUGGAUUUUCUUCAUCAAACCUUGUAUGUUAAAUUUCCAUAUUCUCUUGCACCUGAUUGUCUUCAUUCACACAGCUUUUGGGAAUUGAUGGUGGAAUGGAAUAAAGAACCACUGGAAAUAUCCAAAUUUAUCACUGCUAUUGAUCAUCUAAAAAUGGUUCAAGAAGAUCCUCAUUCUAGACAUGGUCUUGCUGUUAUGUCAUGGAGAACAUUUGUUACCAAGCGAUAUGCUGCUCUUGCUAAACUUAUGGAUAAAGUCGGAAAAGCACCUAAGGAUAGAUUAUGUAGAAAGGAGGUUGGAAUCAGUGAUAUUUUGAUGCCUCCAUUUUGUCAAGCCUGCACUGAUAUACUGCAAAUCAUUGCCGAUGCGGAACUGGAUACAAUUCCUAAACAAGUGGCCUCCAAUACCAGUGGUAUUUCUACUGGGUCAGAAGAUCCCUGGCAGAAUGUCACGGGCAAACGAUCAAUCAUGGACAUGGGCCGGGCUCAUGCGCAUGCUCAUCAUGGACUGGUACAACAUAAUAUGCAUUUAAGUUUUAUCAUGCAUGCUACUAUGCAAUUUCAGCUUCGUGGUGUAAAGCCACUUUCUGGUUUGUUCGAUCGAAGAGGAAAAUCAUGUUUUGGAUUAGACUUGACCACACAAGAUCCAUCAUUACCUAAUCCUGAUACAAUGGAGAUGCCAAUAAAUAAAGCCAGACAACAUUUUUUGACCAAAGUUGUCAGUGCUGCUGUUCAACAACUUGCUUCUCAUGUUCAUAAAAAAGAAGAAAUCAGUAGUCCACUAAGACUGCAUAUGACUGACCAAGAAUGCAGAUUAGAGUUGGAAAAAUGGAUUGAAACAGCUGUUCAUAUGGCAUCAGAAUUUCAUAUAUCAUCAGAAAAGGUAAAAUUGCAUCAUGUUGAUGAGCUGUUUAAGAAUGGACUUGAUGCGAUAGGACUUGAGGCGAGUGUUACAGUUUCUGACAAGGAAGUAUUGUCUUCCUCAUUGGUGCUCAUCGUGGGUCAAAGGUUAUCGUAUAUCUUGCUUCAUGCAAAUCCUGAUGAUGGUGUUAUCAUGAUGUCAAGAAUGUCUACUACACUAAGCACAUGGAUUAAAUCACAGGAUUCAACAUUGCUGAAGAAACCAGAUGUUGAUAUUUCUGACACAUUGAAAUUAUCAAGAACUGUAUUAACAAUGAUGUCCGAGACAAAUUCUUUAUAUAAUAUGGCUUUAUCUUUAGAAGAAGCUGCUUCUACCAUGGCUAACAGAUCUAAAUAAAUUAAUUAUUCAAUCGUAACAUCAAUAUCUGAAUUGAAUACUUCGUUGUUGCUAGUAUUUCAUAAUGCUUAUCCUGAGCCAGGGUAUCGAAAUCGAAUUUCAAAGUAUUACUACUCUUAGCAACCUGCGGACAUAGAAUGCCUGGUAAAUAGCCAGGUUGUAAGUUAAUCAAUUGUUAUUGUAUGCAAAUUCCUUCAUACACUAAGAUAAGCUUCUUGAAUUUGAUUUUCGAAAUAGUGAUUUAUUCGGUAUUGGCCAUCCCUUCACCGGAGGUAACUUACUGAGAAAAUCUAAAACAUUCCUAUAAAUCCUAUUUAACCGUAAAUUUGUGAUGAAAUACAAAGUGCAAGUGCCUUUCCAGUAUUGAUAGUAAUAAAUGGUCCUAGUCGAGAGAGAGAAAAUAAAUGGUCCUAGUCGAGAGAGAGAAAUGAUGUAAUGUUGCUAUGGUCUAAUUGAUAUCUAUCUAUUAGCGCUUAGUUUUGUGUAAUGAUUUUUGUCUGUAUGAACGUUGUAAUUGGUUGCUAAGCAUAGUCAGAUCUUUCUCUCUACCAUCGGUGCAAUAAUAGUCUAUUUUGUGUGCCUAUAUUCUUAUGUUGAUCUUAAAUUGUAUCCUAAUAAAGUAACCUUUAUUGUAUACAUAAGGUGAAAAUAA